UUCCUCCUUUAACUUUCAUAUCACAUCAUGGGUAAAGUCCACGGUUCCCUGGCUCGUGCCGGUAAGGUCAAGUCGCAAACCCCCAAGGUUGCCAAGCAGGAGAAGAAGAAGAAGCUCACUGGUCGUGCCAAGAAGCGCGAUACCUACAAGCGCAGAUUCGUUAACGUCACCAACGCUCCCGGUGGCAAGCGUCGCAUGAACGUCAACCCCGAGUCGAGCAAGAACUAAGCAUUUUUUCAAAGAAUGUUUUGCAACAAGUCGGCGAUCAAUACACAGAGUCCACAUGCUGUCUUUUCGUCAUGAUCGAGGCAGGGAUCUCUUGUUGGUCGUCUUCAUGGCAUUCAAUAAAAAUGCGAAGUUUAAAACCAGUGUGAAUGACUAUAAAAAUUAACGUAUUUUAUAUCGGUGCAGACGGAUAAAAGGAAGCAUGUUCAGCU